AUGCAAGAACAGCACAAUGUUGAAAAGAAAUCAUUUAUACAAAAAUUUAAAGAACGAAUUAUUCAAUUAAUCCAAACAAAGAAAAAAUAUUUAUUAUUUAAUAUUGCAGGAGUUAUUAUAUGUAUUAUUUUAUCUAUCUUGUUUUCAAUAAGUUUUUUAGUUAUUACAAAUAAACGAAUUGAAAAAUAUUAUGACUAUCAUGAAAGUGGACUUGAUAUGAGAAGUAAUGCAUUAUUAACUUCUGUUAGUGUAAAUGCACCACCUCAUAUUCAAACUUGUUUUGUAUCUUCUAUUCCAGAUUUAAAUGAUUCUUUAGAAGAAACUUAUCUAAUUCGUAAAGAAUAUGAUGUUCCACAAAAAAGUAUAUUUUUUAAGCAAACACUUCAUCCAACAUCUUCUAUAGAUUUAAGUUUUGCAGCAACAGAUAAACAUAAUAAACCAACUAAUGUUACUUUGUACAUUUUAAAGGGAGAUAAAGAAUUUCAAAGAUAUUCAUUAGGUUUAGUAACUACUCCCAUUUUUCAAAUUGAACAACAGUCUUCAUCAAAUGUAACAGAAUUAAAAUUAACACAACAAGUAAUAGAGCAAUUUUAUUUUAUAUUUGAAUCAUAUAUUCCUAAUACAUCUAUUUUAACAGAAUUAAAAGUAUCUUUUGGGCAAUAUAAUGUUGAUUCAAUUCAACAUAUUUGUUAUACAGGUUCAGUUAAACAUGACUUUACUGCUGGAGAGAUUAUGAUUGUAACAAAUACUGAAAAUAUUUAUUCUAAAGUUAUAAUGGACUUUAGUGGAAAAAAUGUAUUUGUUAACACAGUUAUUCCACUUAGUGUUGUAUUAUUUAUAUUUCUUUUAAUAACAUUUUCAGUAAUAUCAAAUAGAAAGCGUAGAGAUGAUGAAAUUGAAUUCUUAAGACAUAACCAAACUAUUCAAAAUUCAAAACGGGUUGAAUAUCAAAAAAUAGAUGAAACUAAUUGA